UAGUUCUGACGUGACACAAUGCGGAAGUCAGCUCACAGCACAGCUGUAGCCAUGGAAGUGCAGCACAAGAGCUGAGUUUUAAGGCGGUUCUCUGGAAGCUCAUGGCAGCAAAGGAGACCGGGAGUGUCGCUCAGGCUCCGGCUUGUCUGUGUGUCCUCUGCGGGCUGCCUGCUGCCGGGAAGUCCACUUUGGCCCGCAGAGUCCUCAGCACCGCCGCACAGCUUGGAUGGAGAGCCACAGUGGUGCCGUAUGAUGACCUGAUCCCAGAGGAUGCUUUUAGGACCAGAGUGGUGGAGGAGAGUGUCAAACUGCAAGAGAUGCACACUGAAUGGAAAUCUCACAGACAAGCAGUGUUGCAGUGCUUAGAGCAGUUCUUGAAGAACCCUAAAGUGUUUGCAGAGCUACCAAGCAGCUCUCAGAUCAACAGCACCGCAUGGGAAAAAUGCAUUCAAGCCCUGCAGCAGCCUGAAGGUUUGAAAUCUGACCGGGCACCACUUCUCUUUAUGCUGGAUGACAACUUCUACUAUCCAAGCAUGAGAUAUGAAGUGUGCCAACUUGCAAGAAAGUAUUCACUGGGUUUCUGCCAGGUGUAUCUGCAGUGUGAUGUGGAGUCCUGCAUCAGCAGAAACCAGAACAGGUCUCAGCCCAUUCCCACUGAGGUGAUAUUGGAUAUGGUGAAGCGUUUGGAGUUUCCAAAUCCACAGAAGAACUCAUGGGAGAUGAGCAGCAUUUCACUCAACACCACAGACGAUCUAUCCGAAUCUGAUAUCCAGAGGGUGAUGGAGUUGAUCUCCUCCGCACUACGUAACCCACUGAGCCCAGCUGAAGACAACACUGAGCAAAAGGAAGCUGACCGUCUGAAAUGUGCCACAAGUGUUGUCCAUCAGGCUGACCAGGCCUGUCGACGCCUCAUCUCUGAGGCUAUGAAGACUGCCAGAGAAAAUCACGUCCCCUCUGAACAUAUGAAGUCAUUGGCUGCUCAGCUGAAUGAAUCCAAAGCGACAUUUCUUCAUGACCUGCGGAAACAGUUCCUUCAGGAGGUACCUUUCUCUCAAGAAGAGGAGAUUGAUGUGGAACGUGUGGUGAAAAGAGCAGUGGACAUUUUUGAUGACAGGAAGAAGGAAAUUCUGUCAAGAAUCAUAAAUGACAUCGUAUGACUUGAUUUUUAACAAAUCACAUCAAAAAUUGCAUCAAACUGAAUGCUCUGUGUGUAAUUAAAUGUAUUUUUUUGUA